AUGAGCACAGCGCAAUCGAAAAGCGAUUCAAAUUCAAGGUCCGAUGAGGGAGAUCCGUCGAGCGUGCCAAUAAUCGAAGAUACACGUGGCAAGCCGCGGAUGGACCGGUUCGGGAUGUUCCCCGAGUGCGUCUACUGCGGAUGGAACAUCUUUUUCGGCCUCUUCCUCCUUUUCACCACCGCCUUUAUGAGACCCGGAGACACGGCGUCGGUGGUCACCCAAUGCUUCGGAGUCGUUUACGUCGGUUUCAGAAGUCUGUGCAGAGUUUAAGCCUGAAAAUUUGCAGAUUUUCGCCGGUUUGCUCUCUUUUGUCAUUAUUUUCAAGUCGGCCCGCUCGAUUUUCGUUGUUUUGACAGUUUUCGCGGUGAGAAUUAUUCGAGUUAUUCGCUGAACGUUCUUUGGAAUUUCGCAGGCAAUGACGACCGUCUUGACGUCGUUGACGAUUCUCGGAUUCGCCUAUUCAAUCGACGGCUCGAUGCCGAUGCCCGAAUUGAUGAUGACAAGUGAGUCGCUUCAGAGUAACUUUAAAAACUGAAAAUAAUUAAGACAAAUAUCUGGAACUGAUCGUCGGAGCUCUUCUUCUCGUCCACAUCGUUAUCAACGUUUUUAGCUUUUUCAUUUUUCUGAAGAGAUCUUGGUGAGAAAAUUAUGAACUGAGCUGGGAAGGAAAAUCUCGGAAUUCACAGCAAGAGUUCGGCGGUUCUGGACAACGCGUACAGCCAACGGUCGGUGCGUGGAACGGGCAGCGAACGACAGGAAAAAGGAUCGGCCGAGAUAAUUGUGAUGGAUUAUUGAUACGAGAUCGGAUCAACGGCCGAGUGAUAAAUAAAUACUUUUAAAGCUUAUUUUUUAAAUUCCGCGUUGAAAUCUUUAAAGGCGCAUACGCUUCUGUCACUGGUCUCGCAACGAACCGCUACCGUAACCAGCUUAAACUUCAAAUUUGAGUUUCCUGCGUUUUUCGUUUUUCCGCCAAUCUUUUCAGGUUUUUUCUACUUUUUUUUCGCACAAAUUCAAGAACAUUUGAAUUUUCAGGAGUAUCUGGUCAAAAUGUCUGCCACUCGAAACGUGGAGAAACUAAACACGAAACCAGCGAGACAUGAAUCAGUAAGUUUUUCGUUAAAAAAGUAGAAUUUCUCGUAAAACUAUUUUUUUAAGAAAAGCGGCUUGUGGGGGGAAACGUUUCCUCGUGAUUUGGAAGUGGAAGACUCGUCUUACAAAUUUGCUUUCCGAUUCAUCAAAUGUACGACUGCGUUUAUUCUCGACAAACGUGGAGUUCUUCCUAGCGAAUGCUUCGUCACUCGCAGAAUAGGUUUGUGGAAUCCCUAUGAAGAUUUAAGGAAAAUAUUUUUCAGAUAAAAUUCAGUGCUCAAAUUUCGAUAAAAAAAAUACGCUCGCUCUCACAUUAAAUGAUAAAUUAAAUGGGGUUGCAGAAGCGAUUGAGGUGCGCUCCACUGUUUAUCGAAAAUCAACUCCAGUUUUGUUUUCAGAAAGGAUAUCUGCGAGAGUUUGCGAUUGUGUUCUUCCAACCGCCGAAUGAGGAGAAAAUACUCGAGGUGUACACUUUCCGUUUGCAGUACAAAGAUGACGACUCGGUUCAGUUGAGCCUUACCUCGUAAGCAACAAAUUCUUGCUCAACGACUACAAUUACAAAUUUCAGUGGGCUAGAUUCGCAGGAGUUCAGUCAAAACCUCGUCAAUACUGAGUUCAAUAAUUUGGAUGACACAAAAUCGAAGUUCAUUGAAACUAUGAAAACGCUCUACCGAGUUAUCAAGAAGCUGGUCGAUCUUCCUGCAGAUAUUGACGGCAGUUUCCGUCUCUCGUACACUGACAGUAGGAGGAAAUUUGUUUUAUAUACUUUCACUGUUCACCUACAGAAGCGCCAAAAGAUUACGUACCAGAGGGAUUCUGCCAGAAUGAAAAGUUCUAUGAGAUCAGCCAGGAUAUGUUGAGGAAACAGCUUGGAAUCGUAUGCGGUGGCUUCCACAAAGUGCAAGUGCUCGCCGCUUCGGAACUUCUGAAGGAAGUCGACAUGAACAUAACGUUUGAAAACUCCGCCAAUCUGUCCUGUGUUGUACCCACUCCUCAAGUACUUACUCAUUUUCAGAUGAAAAUAAUCCAGGGCUGGGCAAAACAUUGGCCGGCCAGCGGUCGGCCAAGGCUUUGGCCGGGCUAGUUGCAAGCGCGCUCCACUGCAAAAAAGCCCUGGCCGGCCAAUGGUACGGUAAGCAAUUCGGUUCACAGAGCGGUGUUUGCACACAAAGCAUUUUAAAUAAAGAAAAAAUCGAAGAAAUUAUUUUAAAAUGAGAAGAAGACAUGCUUGAAAGUAGAAAAAAGGUGAAAAGAAAGUAAGUGAAUUAAAUUUCGAUGAAAUGAAAGCUGACAAAUUUCGAAAAUUAGCAGAAGUGAAGAGAAAAAAUAAAAGAAAACGACAGAAUUAACGAGAACGAGAUGCAUGAGAACGAAACGAAAGAAAAAAAUGUAUGGGAACAACGUUAUGAAUCGAAUUCAUCGAAUAGAGCAUUUUUCUGUGAAAAUAUUUGAUCAUGAAGUGAAAAAACAUAGAAAAAAAAGAAAACCCUUUCGAAAACACGUUUUUUUUCUUUAUUUAAAAUGCUUUGUGUGCAAACACCGCUCAGUGAACCGAAUUGCUUACCGUACCAUUGGCCGGCCAAGGCUUUGUUGCAGUGGAGCGCGCUUGCAACUAGCCCGGCCAGGGCUUUUCAUUGGCCAGCCAUGGCCGGCCAUUUGCCCAGCCCUGAAAUAAUCAGUUCGUUUCAGAAACGAAAAUCGAUCGGAGUUCAGAGAAAUAGUCGAAAGCAUCGUCCGUACGGCUGCACGCGAUCGAUUCAGGGAACACCAGCGAAAAACGAAAUCGACGUUUGA